AUGUCGUCAAAAAUCAAUUUGAACGGCAAUGAUGGCAACGUCGACGAAACUUCCGCGGAGCACACGCGUGCAACUCCUCCCGCGAGGUCCACCUCACCCUCUCUCCUAACGCAUGCAAAAAUCGUCGAAGAAUGCACCAUUACUUUACGGGCUGUGAUUGCGGGACUUUUGAUCGGGGCCAUGAUAUGUUUCGCUAAUCUCUACUUUCGGCUUCAAGUUGGGUUGAACAACUCGAUGCCUUUGCCUUCAGCAUUACUGGGAUACAUUGUUUUCCAACCCAUCUCAAAAUAUUUACGUACACCGUACUCGCCUAUGGAAAAUGCUUUGGUUUUCUAUUUUAUGCCGAGCAUUGCAAAGGUUCCCAUAUUUGGCAUUCCAGCAGCGCGUGACUGGGCGUGGGCCUUCAAUCCAUCUCUCGCCUGGGUUGGACAUGGCAUGAUCAUACGUCCAAUGGUGUCGGCUCAUAUGCUCCUUGGCACAGUCAUAGGAUGGGGAAUUCUAUCGCCUAUUGCCAAAAAGAAGGGAUGGGCGCCAGGCCCAGUUGAUCAAUUGCAAGAUGGGAGCCAAGGGUGGAUCAUAUGGACGCCUUAG